AGAUCGGCGAAGAGGCACCACGUCUUCCAAUUCCUGUGUCCGAGUCUCCUCUUUUUGGGGUUUCGCUUUCCUCCUCACCUCAGCGAGAUACUAGUCGAGUCCGCUCCUUUAUCAACGGGGGCGGUCACGAAUGCACAAAGCCGAAUAACUGGUACCAUUCUCGUGACCUCUAUAUAUACAAUUUCCGCAAACACCUAUUAUUUUGGAUCCUAGACCUCAUCAAGCGUGAUUAUCUCCCGUGCGGUACACCAAUUCGAAGCAGUUGUUCUUAACCGUUGUGCUGUUUAUUUUCCAGCCUUUUACCGGCGUCUCUUCUUCUUCUUCUUUUGUUGUUGGUCACCUCUCCACUCUUUCUUGAGGACUCGCUUACGACACGCAAUUGGACCUUUUGCUUCUUCCUGUUUCUUGCGUGCGUGCGUUGCAGCUCCCUGCGUUUCUGAUCUCGUCGUUCUCCGGCUCGCCCCCCCCCCCCCUUUGCGUUGGCGCGCGCGUAGAAGCACUCUUUCCCCAUUUGUGAUCGACCUCGGUCUCAUGUAUUUUCUCCUGCGGUGCUGUUAAGAAUCGUUACAUCCCUUUCCUUGUAUUUAUCUUCUGCUUUUGAAUACGCUGCGCGACUAUCGUUCAUUCAACUCCCUCCCCUUUUUUUCUCUUUCGUGCUUUUUCGUUCAACGAGCUGUGCGGUGGCCGCCUGCUGCGUUGCCGACAGCGGUGAGAAUCACGUGUGAGUUGGGAGGUCCUUUUCUUUUUUGGUGGGUGUGUUCAUUAUCCCAUUGCUGCGUACCUCAACAACGGGAGGGGCUGCAUUCAUGGCCGAAACUCCAGUGGUAGAGGACGGCGGCGGGGUAUUUAUGGGAAAGCUCCUUAGCAGCGACAACUCCGCCGCGCUCGCCCAGCAGCUGAGUUCCAUCUUUUCUAAUUUUAAUAGCACGCCCGAAGGCCGCGUUCAACGGGAGGAGGAGUGUCUAAGCGCCCUAACCGACACACUCUUCUUUCACGAAAAGGAACUGGGGCUGAGCGAAUCCUUGCAAGAUCGCAUUAUCUCCUUAAUAGAUAGCGCCUUUGCGGUAUCGGUCGACAAAGGCUGCAGCUCCUUUCGGAUCGUGUUCGACGUGAAAUGGAGGGACCAGCAUGAGAAGCGCAGCCGCUGCUUUGUGCUGCUGCUAAGCCGCGCUUUCAAAUGUACAACACAAGAGGACUGUAUCAAAGUGACAACGGCGAUUGGCGAGGUGCUCGAAGACAACAUUCGCACCGCGACCGACAUCUUAGCAGAUCACGUAGAACCGCUGCUCUCCGAGGUGAAGCGCGCCGAUAUGCAGCGCAGCAUUGUCGCGUGCGAAGUCGUCGCAAAGAUCGUGAAGACGACCUCACUAAUUAUCAAGCGGAACCCAACGCUGCUUGAGUUGCUCACGAACGCAUGCGCGCCGCUGCCGACGCUGAGAGAGGCCCUGGAGACGCGAAAUGUGUGGCACCGCACGGCGCUGCUGCGACUCACCUCUGCGCUUGUGGAUGAAGGCUGCUACGACGUCACACAGACGCUUUCGAGGGAUAUUGCGAAUGUUGUGCAGGACCACCUGCGAGCGGCAAAGGAUGAGCCACAGCUGAUGGGUGUGUUGUGCGCCCUCCUGCACGUCGCCGUCACGCCAGCGUUCAGCUCCGCGCCGUGGAACGUGCCUCAGAUGGUGCGAUUUCUAGUAGAAACCAAUUGGUCGCUCUACACCAUUCCCGCACGCGUGAGUGCGAUGCGGUGCAUUGUGAAGGUCAUGUCAGUUCUGUGCAGCGGCGACAGAAAACAAUACGACGCGCUGGCGCACCGCGCGCUGGAGCUGUUCACGAAGGACGACUCCGUGGAGGUGGUGACGGAAGUGCUGGAAUUGGUGAAAGGCCUGUUAGCGACGGAAGUCGGUCUGCGGAUGACUGCGGACGUCGUGGAGAGCUUAUGCAACUGUAUUCAGCGAUUGCCCUACAUGGCGGCCAUCUUUGACGUCUUGGAGUUCAUUCGCGACCGCUACGGAGAGGCGGACAUGGGGCCAGUCUUCUCCCUCUUAGAGGACUACCUGAGCAUGGAGCAGGAGUUUUUAAACUUUGGCAAAGUGAACGCUCUGCUUCGCUUUGCUGGUCCGCGCAUCCGUGUCGACGACCCGCGGUUGGUGCAGCUCCGCAUUAACGUCGCAGCAGGCCGGCCCGUGCCGAUCAUCAUACGUUCUCUCCCGCUCAUCACUACCCUGCAACGCACCGAACAGCUGGAAGACGUGAUUGACAUCUUGUCGCACGACGACAAGGAAGUGCGACGUGUCGCCGUCACGACUGUCCUGGAGCUGUGCGAACUCAUCAUUGAGCACGGCCAAAUGCAGGAUGAGGCGAACAGCGGUAACCCCGGCAGUGGACCACACACUCAGCGCCUGGACGAUGGGGUCAGCAAUGCGGUGGAGCGCAUCCUGGAUGUGGCGGUGGUUGACCGCGACGCGGAGAUUCGGCUGUGGGCUUUGCAGCACCUGACAGCUCCGUUCUUCCCCUAUUUGUGCCUCGCUGACAACCUCGAUGCCAUCUUCAUGAGCCGUAAUGAUAUUGACAAGGCCACCCACGAUCAGGCGUUGGCGCUGCUGUGUCAGCUGUUGCCCUACCACCCAGCCAUCGUACGGCCGCAGCUGCAGCGCGCACAGGAGUACAUGCUGCGCGACGUCGCCACAAUGGACUCGUCGGUGUCGUUUGCGAUCUCAAAAGCACGCCUGCUCACCAUGUGCGUCGAGCAGGAUGCUCUUCUCAUUCCCGAUGGGACUGUCGAGACAAUUGUGCUGCAGCGGCUAGAGGCACAACCGUUUAUCUGCCGCUCUCUCUCUAUCGCCCUCCUGCAACUAAUACGCUCCAUGCUCGAGCGAACCGGACCGCAGCACAACGUGGAGUACAAAACCUUCCUGCGCACGCUGUUGACGAUGAUCAACGGCGGCGACUGCUGCUCCACCCGCCGCGAAGCCCUUGAGACGCUCACUGCCUUUGUCACGCACAUCACCAAGACGGACAUCUCCGGCCUCAGUGAGAUGUAUCGCACCGUGGCCCGCAUUGUGCGCCGAGAAACGGAAGAAGAGGAGUCGGUGACGAUGGCUGCUAUGAAGGUGCUCAGCGCGAUCGGCGCCGUCACCCCUGUGAAGAUGCGCGUCGUGCUGCUCAUGCUUGAAUCGGACGAGAUCGAAGAGGAGGAGGAAGUCGUGACACCCGCUUUAGCGCACGUCAAACCACGCCUGCGUGUCUCGCCCGACCUGGCGGAGCGCUACGCCUCCGUGGUGGUGUACUACCUUGUGCGCUCGUUGCAGCUCGCGAUCGACCCGAAGCAGCAGAUGGACACGCUAGCUGCCGUCCGCACGACGCUGCAAGACGUGGAGGGGCGGCCGAAGCUCAGCCUUCUCACGCAGCUUUUGCCACAGCUGCAGACGUGGCUGCGCGACCCCGAGCGCGCCUUCUUGUACGAGACCGUCCUCGCUCUCAUGAACGAUCUGGCCAUUCUACUACGGCAAUUUAAGGAAAUGGUGGCCCCGUCGGUCGGCUUCGACCUGUUGCAGUCGGUGCAUGGAUUCUGUCUCCUCCCUCAAGCGGGUCAGAAGCCCUUCAGCACCUACGUAGUGCAGCUUCUCGACAACCUGGCCAGAGGCAUCCCCGCGCAGGAGAUGCGCGACAACCGAUGGGCCGUCGAGUUUAUCCACCAGCGUCUGUCGCAGAACAAAAACGACCUCGACCUCGUGCACCGCGUCGUCAAGUCGUUGGAGUCUUUCAUGGCGGUCAUGCACGAGAAGGACCUGCAGAUGAUCCUGCCGCACGUCUUGCAGUGCAUCGAGCCGGCCAAAGCGUCACCGGGCGGCAAGCUCACCAAGUCGAAGGACAUCAACGACGCCUGCUUUGACUUUUUGAAUCACGUAAUGUCGAAGCAGUUGAACCUGGUGAAGGACUGUUGUGCGCAGAUUGUGCACACCAUCAUGUGGUACAUCGAGCUGGCUGACAACAAUGAGGAGAUGGACGUGGGCUUGAACACGCUGGCGGCGCUCGUCGACGUCGUAAAGAUGCCCGCAAAACGCUUUAUCAUGCCGAUUGAGCGGGUGGCCACGCGCAACGGCUUUCCGCCGCAUUACUUCAUCAAUUUAGUGCAGAACGCUGCCGUGGGCGCCAAGUCACGCAUGACCGCAGCUAGCGGCACCGACCUCAAUCCGGAUCGCCCGAUCACCGUCGUGUCGCACCUGCCCCGGCUCUCGCAGGCGGAUUUUGAGCAUGAAUUUCGGAACAUCCUGCGCGCUGAAAACGUCGGCGUCGACGUGCUGGACGUGCACCACGAUCACGGGCAGACGAUGAUCGACUUCCGCUUUCACCCCGGCGCGGACACGACGGCUUGCUGCAACCUGUUCAGCCGCAAAGCAGCAGACACGAAGUCGUCGCUGCGGCGCAACUUGGGCAUAUUGCGUGUGGAGCAAACCGAGGAGAGCCCACGGGCGGUCUCGGCGGACGUGAUUCAAGCCCUCACCGUCAUGCCCGAGGCAAAAACGAAGAAGCGAGAGCAGUCGUGGGUGCUGUGGCUGCACAACGCCACGGUGACGCUGCUGCGCGGCUCACCGUACGCCGUGCUACGUGACACCUGUGCCGUGGCCGACCGCAACCCCGACCUCGCGAAGGACUUGUUUCCUUUUGCCGUGGCGGCGGUGUGUAGUCUGCUGGAUCUCGCGCUGCGCGGACAGCUCAUGUCCAUCUUCGACCGGGCCAUGAGCGGCGCGCCGGCCGACGUCAAGCAGGGACUCUUUUCUUUUGCCGAAUUCAUGGAGGGCGAACGAGGUGAAGAUCGUAUAAAGCUCGUGAAGGUGAUGCGGGAGAGCGUCUUCAGUGUCGAGCGCGAGUCCGCGAGCCAGAAGUUCGGCAUCAACUACGACCAAGACCCCACGCGUGGUGUAAUAGUGACGAAGCUUGCCCCCAACGGCCUCGGGGCCCGGGCCGGAGUGCCCAUCGGCGCGCAGCUGCUCGCCAUCAACAACAACCCUGUCCGCGCCGUGAGCGACAUCCGAGGGAUGAUUGAGGGUCUGCUGCACAUUGAGCUUUCCCUCGCCUACAUGGUGGAGGAGAAGACACGCUCGCAGCCGAAGCCGCUGAUGAACCUGGAGGUGCUCGCCUCGGUCGCGUUCAGCGGCGAAAUGCACACCAAAGCCAUCUACUUCAACGAAAUCCUUUUUGAAAGCCUCUCCAACAAACUGGGCAAGAUUGCGGAUCGCAAGGACACGCAGAUGCGCCGCGUGAUGGCGGUCGCGGAGGAUUUAAUCCAGUACUACCGCCACCUGAACAUGACAAUGACCGCCAACGGCCUGUUAAAGACGCUGACGCGAAAAUUCUCCGAUGAGAUCUUCGCCCCAGAGCAGUUUGGCUUCGAAGAAAUAGCCUCGCUGGAGCAGCUGAAUUGGUGGAGUGAGGCACUGCGGCGCUACGAGGCGCGGCUGGCCAGCUUCAGCUCACGCGGGCUGGAGACGGCGUCGCUCGUGGGUGUGCUGCGGUGUGAGCAGGCGCUGGGCAACGCGAGACGCGUGCAGGAACUUACGGAGGAGUACUGGGACCAGCUGUCGCCGGAGGCGCAGAAGGAGGUGGCUCCGUUCCGCGCCAAGGCCGCGUUCGCCCUCGGCACCUGGGACACCUUCGAUGAGCUGGCAGUGGAUCGGCGACUGCGUAACUGCUUCGGCGUGAUUGAGCGCUGCGCUGCUCUUUUCCGCGCCGAGAGCUACGAGGAGCUGCUGUGCUACACGGGCGAGGUGCGCGAAUCCAUGUUGGAGUCGUUCGCCGACUCGCUGAAUGAGAGCUAUAGCCGUGCCUAUGAUGGUCUUACACGCCUGCAGCACCUCCGUCACUUUGAAGAGCUCGUCUCCUUUACCACGGCGUGCGGGGAGCGGCAGUCGCUUCUGAAGGAGGUGUGGCACCGCCGCCUCCUGCAGAUGUCCAGCAAGCCCGAUGACCUCCUCACGGUGCUCUCCAUCAACUCGCUCGUGCUGGCGCCGCAGGACGAUCUGCAGUCGCACGUGUUUGUCAUCCGCAGCCUGUGCAAGUCGCAGUGGUAUUCCUACGCGGAGCACCUCCUACACGAGGUCCUGCGCGAGGACGCGUCGUUGCAGGAUCUGUGCGAGUGCGACCCGGAGCUGAUUCACACCUACAUGAAGUUUCUCUACCUGACAAAAGACAAGCAGGGUGCCUACGUGGAGCUGAAGGAGAUUCUCUCCGCCGUGGAGGUAGACGCUGACGAUGCACAGGCCGAAAUGUGGGGUCAGUGCUGGCUACUGCUAGGGGAGUGGACCAUGUACCUCUACCCCGACUGUGGCGAAGAGGCCAUCGAGGAGCUCAUGUGCGCCACCGAGCUGGGACCCAACAACGCGGCAGCUUUCCACUCCUUGGGCAUCUUGCACCACGAUCUCGCCCGCGACCCCAGCACUCAGGGCGAGGUGCAAGACAACCACCUGGUGAGCUGCAUCAAUUCCCUCUUCAAGUCGGUUCAGUUGAGCGAUGAUGUGUCGGGUACGUUGGUGAUGCAGGACGUGCUGCGCAUCCUGUCCGUCUGGUUCGCCCACAGCGGCCUGCGGGAGAUUAACGAGUCGGUGCACCACGGCGUGCAGGUGGUGGCCGAUUACGUGUGGCUGAACGUCGUACCUCAGCUCAUUGCGCGCAUCGGCAUUGAGGCGCGCUUCGCGCGUGUCAUCCUCACCGACCUGCUCAUCCGGGUCGGGUCGCGCUACCCGCACGCGCUCAUCUACCCCCUCACUGUCGCGGAGAAGUCGCCCGGGGAGGUGCGGCAGUACAUGGCGGAGCGCGUCAUCGCAGGCAUGCGCAACCUGCCCGAGAACGACCGCGUUGUCCAAGAGGCCUCGCUGAUUAGCAACGAGAUGGUGCGCAUCGCUAUCCUGUGGUCGGAGAAGUGGCACGCCGCGAUUCAGCGGGCCGCCUACAAACCGAACAAAGCCGCCGUCAUCUCCUCGAUGCUCCAGCCCCUCUACGACCAGCUCGAUCGCGCCUCCACGCCCAACGAGCGCAGUUUUGAACGCACGUUUGGACAGACGCUGCGGCGGGCGCAGAUGGCGCUGAAGGAGCAGAAGACAGAUGAGGCGUGGGGUUUCCUGCGGCAGGUGUACGCGCAGCUGCGCCGCGGCGUACUGGAGCGUCGGCUGUACAUCAGCGACCUGUCACCCAUUCUCGACGGCCUGCGUGACAGCAUCGUUGCCGUGUUAGGGACGUUCGAGCACGACAAGCCGCUCAUCACGAUCCGGAAGUUUCACAGCCGGGUGUACGUGAUGCCGUCGAAGCAGAAGCCACGCCGCGUCGGUCUCGACGCCUCGGACGGCAAGAAGUAUCGCUUUCUCUUGAAAGGACAUGAGGACAUGCGGCAGGACGAACGAGUCAUGCAGUUCAUUCGGCUGAUUGACAGCAUCUUCCAGCUGGACAACGCCGCCACCGCGAUCGGCCUGAGCAUCCCCCAGUACGCCGUAAUUCCGCUGACGGACAACGUCGGCAUUGUAGGAUGGGUUGAGAACACAGAGACGAUUUACAAGAUGCUGGAGACGUACCGGCAGGCGCACGAGGUGUCUAUUUAUGAGGAGGUGAACCUCAUUGUGAAGCGUGGUGGCCUCAACACCAUUGAGGAGUACCACCGACUCCCGAAGCAGCAACGCAAGGCGCUGCUUAACUUUGCCAUGGAGAACUCGCCCAACAACGAGUUGCGGCACAUCUUCUGGGACCACAACGAUACGUGUGAGCAGUGGCUGAGCUACCGUCAAACCUACGGCCAAACCUUGGCGGCCAUGUCGAUGGUGGGUUACGUGCUAGGGCUGGGGGAUCGCCAUUUGAACAACCUAAUGCUCCAGGGAAACGGCACAGUGGUGCACAUCGACUUCGGCGACUGCUUCGAGGUGGCGAUGCACCGCGCCCUCUACGCUGAAGCGGUGCCCUUUCGCCUCACCCGUCUGCUCGUGUGCGCGCUCGGCAUUACCGGAGUGGACGGCGUCUACCGAAUGACGUGCGAACUGGCCAUGAAGAAUCUGCGUCGGCACAGCGAGAAUCUGCUCUCCAUCCUUGAGGCUUUCAUAUACGACCCCCUCAUCAACUGGCGACUCAACGUGGUGAACGACGGAACAGAGAAGUCGGGACCGAAGUCUGGUCAGCCCGACAGCAACGGCGGGGGCGCGGGGUUUUCACACGGCGACGCAGCGGCAGCCGCGCGUCUGGGCGGGGACGACGCCGCUGACAUCAACGCAAAGCCAAUUCCGAUGCAGCUGUCACGCUCCUUCGCGAAGUCGCGCGAACCGUGCGAUGCGCCAGGGCAGAGCCAAACCUUUGAAGACGUUGAGGAGACCCGCAACCAGCAAGGCGAUCUCGCGCUGGCACGCGUGCAGGCGAAGCUAACCGGGCAGGACUUUGGCGUGGUAAACAGCUCCUUCUCCAUGGCGCGGUCGUCGCGGCGGAUCGAUCCCGGUGGGUCACAGCGACAGGGUUCCUCUUGGGGCUCGAUCAACCUCGCCGGCUUCACGGACUCGCCGAAGGACUCCUUCGCCGCCCCACUACUCACGACGUACCUCUCGAUGCGCGUGUUGAAUGGGGGAGCGGACAGCCUGGAUGUGCCGCACCAGGUGGAUCGUCUCAUACAAGAAGCGACAAGCCUCGACAACCUCGCCGAUGCAUUUCUCACAGGUUGGGCACCGUUUUGGUAA